CACGCGGUAGAGUUUAUGACUGAUACAAGCCGCUUUUGUACCUGCUAUGUAUAUAGCACCCUGCUUCUCCAGCUUUUAGGUCAGACGUUCAACAAGCAUCAUGGACUGCGCACCGACACUAUACACCGAAGAAUACUGGAAAUACAUGUGGAAGAAUGGGCUGUCGAUGUGGCAGAAAGAAGGAGUGAACAAGCUUUUGGAGGACAACAAGGAAGUGAUUCUUGCAGGAAAAUCACGUGCUCGUGUGUUCAUACCCCUCUGUGGAAAAGCACCAGAAUUGAAGUGGUUUUAUGACCUUGGACAUACAGUGAUCGGUGUGGAAUUCGUGGAGGAAUGCGUACGCAGCUAUUUCACUGAGAACGGUCUGCAAUUGGAAGAGGCCAUUUGUCCCAUCAUUAAAUGCAAAAUACUCAGGACCACAGAUAAUCGGCUGCAAGUGUUCAUCUGCAACAUCUUGGAAUUUAAACGGGAGUGUAUUGGAGCUGUGGACAUUGUUUGGGAUAGAUCUGGAUUUACAGCCAUGAGACUCGAGGACCGUGCCAGAUAUGCUGCAGUAAUCAAGAGUCUGCUGGCCCCUGACUUCUCCUACGGAAUGUGGACGGUUGUUUAUGAUGGACCCAUGUUGCUUAACACGAUUGCGCCUCGAAGCGCUGGAGAGUAUGCCCUACGAGAACAUUUCGGAGAUACGGCUAGGAAGAUUGCGCUGGUGGAUACCGAAGUGCUAGAGUCGAUUAUCUACAUAAAGGGUGGCGGACCAUACACUUUCUGUCUGUGGCACAUGACCCCGUGAACGCCCU